AUGCAGAUUCCUACGCGGAAAUUAUUGAGGCAACCAACUGCUGCGCCCGCGCCCGCCCCCGUCACCUACAACUACCACCAACUAGAGGUUCCACAAACCCCACCUGGCAUCGCCCUCAUCGAUAUCACACCGCAAAUUCGGGAGCUUGUGGCACAGGCAGGGCUAAUGGAAGGCUGCGUGCACGUGCUGUCGCGGCACACCACAACGGCACUAACCAUAAACGAGAACGAGGCCCGGUUGCUGGACGACGUACGGCAGUUCCUGGCCCGUCUGGCGCCCCCCACUGAUCCCUACCUGCACAACGACCUGCACCUGCGACCUGCGCCCGACAGCUGGCCGGGGGGCUGGGCGGCCUGGGCAGCGCAGGAGCCCCGUAACGCCCACAGCCACUUGUUGAGCAUGCUGCUGGGUAACACCUUGACGGUGCCGGUGACGGGGGGGAAGCUGGCGCUGGGGACGUGGCAGUCGGUGAUGCUGGUGGAGCUGGACGGCCCCCGGCCGCGAAGUGUGGGUGUACAGCUGCGAGUUGAGCAGUAG